AUGGCAGAUUCUAUGAAUCUUAUAUCGGCGCAGAUAUCCUUUCUGGAACCACAACUUGCACUCGUCCACAUUCCCAUUGAAUUGUACUCUUUCUGCCUGCAGCCGAUACUCCGGCUUCUCUUUGGAGAGGAUCACGACGAGGAUGCUGCCAAAAUCUCGUGGACCAAUCGACAUGACUUUUUGAACGUGUCCAUAACACCAGUGGAAUGCUCUAUUAUAUGUUCUCGAUACCUAGCCGAGACUUACGUGGCGCCUGUUGCACAGGUCCUGAAUCAAUUGUACGCCGCCAAUAGCAGCGGUAAGGAUUCGAGAACAGAGAUACAAAUCAGCUCGGAGGACUAUGUGGCGAUUCAAGUCGAUGGUCAGGGCCUUGAUGCCGGUCAAAGGGUGCUGGAACUGACGUCUCCUUUGGCUAUGGCGGGCAUAAGCAUUUUCUUUAUCACAACUUAUUUUUCGGAUUACAUACUUGUCCCCCUGCGAUCUCGGAAAACUGUAACAAAAGCUUUGCAGCAACGCGGAUUUGUUUUCUCGCAGAGCGUUGACGCAUUCGUCUCCCAACUUUCUCCCACGUCACCAACCGUGGGCCAGAGUGGUCAUCCGCUUUAUUCUCCGUCACUUCAUGACAUCUCUGCGCCGACGACGCCGCCAGCCAAAGACAUACCGGAACUGCAAAUACGCACGUUUACAAAACUCAGGAAAAACAACAUCAGCCCGCUUGUUGACAGCCAAGUUCGUCUUGUCAGUUGUGCAGGCAGUCGGGAGUUCGACCAUGAACGGGAUGCACAGCUUCGAAAUGACCUUUUGCAAGUUCUGAUUGCCACGGUGCCUGUGGCCGACGAUACUCGUAAAGCCCGACCCCUGAACAAUGGCGCCAACCUUUCUUCCGGGGCUGCUCUUGCCCCCGACCUAAGUUUCGGGGCGAAGUUUCUUUCGUUGACAAUUACAGCUGGUGAACCUAUUUCAGUACUGAUGGAACAACGACUUCUCGAACGCCUGGGACAGUCGCUCCUCGGAGCAAAGUCCGAGGAUGAUGCACUGAUACCUAUUACGCUUGAUCUCCGCGAUCUACCGCUUGAUGCUACGGGUAUUGUGUGUGGAGUGGCUGGACGCUUAGCACAAGGAAGUGCCGAUGAGCAGGAGCAGCCUGAUUUCAGUCCAGUGUCUGCGUCGGGUCAGGAUCCGCAUAUGCCGGUGGAGAUAUCCUUUCUUAGUACAGUCAGGGCUGGAACCGUGAUUGUGAGGGCUAGUCAUCUCGACAAAGCCAUUGAUGCAUUGAAGUAUGGUAUGGAGAAGGUCGCCGAGGCCACAGCAUGA